ACCGGAAACGAGCACCUGCGAGAUUUCACGUGAUUUUGUUGUCAACAACAUUAGUAAGAUUUUAGUGGAAGCAUUUUUAUUUUUGCAAUUAGCCACACAAAGAUGGACGAUUUUCAAGCUGCAGAAGAGACCGCAUUUGUUGUGGAUGAAGUCACUAAUAUAAUCAAAGAGGCUAUUGAAGGUGCCAUUGGUGGAAAUGCAUACCAACAUAAUAAAGUUAACCAGUGGACUUCCAAUGUUGUUGAACAAUGUUUAAACCAGCUGACAAAACUUGGCAAGCCAUUCAAAUAUAUUGUGACCUGCGUGAUCAUGCAGAAGAAUGGUGCAGGUUUACAUACAGCUAGCUCGUGUUUCUGGGACAAUCAAACAGAUGGGAGCUGCACUGUGAGAUGGGAGAACAAAACCAUGUACUGUAUCGUCUCUGUGUUCGGGCUUGCCAUCUGAUCUGUCCUGUGAAGAGGUUCCCUUCCUGUUCCCAUGAUGAAAACAGCACAACCCUUCAACUGCAAUAUACACCCCUCCUGCGUUAAACAUUACUGAAAAAAUAUCGCGUACUUCCCUGUAAGUUGUGAAGUUGUUAUCUCUGAAUAUUUGGAAAAAAGGAGGAAAAAAAGAAAUCUGUUAACUUACUGACGUUUGUUUUAAAUUUAUUGGGAGUAUUAAUAUAUGUGUCUAUUUGUUUAUGGUAUUUAUUUCGACUAAAUUGUUUUAAAUGUGUUUGAUAUGUAUGUCUAUUUUGCAUUUGAUUAGUUUAUUGAUAAGUGUUGUUAUAAGUGCAAGCGGUCAGAUAUAACAGUCUUUGUGACAAGAAUGUGUUCUUCACAUUUUCAUUAAAAUUACGUAUUGAUUAGGUCAUAAUAAUAGAUUCGAAACGAUUAAUAUUUCUUUUAGAACUGAGCAUUUCAUUGGAAAGUUGUCUUAAUUAAUUGUUUUGUGCAUUCAGCAGAAUUUGUACAAUGUAUGUAUGAUUUUAAUAAAACAUAUUUCUGUUCA